AUUAUCAGUUGAAAUUGAGUGGUUGCCGGUUCGUUGUUGAUGACAAUAUUGUUCAAAGAAACAACAUCUCUGAGGACGAUGCAGCCAAAACUUGGAAUUUCAACAAUAGAAGAACAGGAUCAGGAGGAGGAUCAUGUCUUAAAGAAAUUCCGAAAAUUGCCAGGACAAGUUGAGAAAAUGAUGAAAACGAGGGAUUCCCGUAAGCGGACAAAAGAACAGAGUGAGUCGAGCCACGAGGCACCGUCCUUGAAAAUAAAGAGGUCAAAAAAUCAGAUUGAAGAUAAAAAGCAAAUAAUUAAAACGAUUGCCGCAACAUGGGCAACCAUUUUGAGUGAUGGGUUGCUAGAAAAUGUGAGAAAAAGAAUAUCAUCUCGCUACCAAAUGAAUGGAGAUUUCGAAUUUUUAAAAGCUUCCAAGUUAAAUUCCGAGUUGAAAUUGUCAUUGGAGGAAAAUAAAACAUUGAAAAAUGAUGAAACUUUAGUCGACAUCCAGAAUCAGUUGGGAAGUGCUCUUGUAGGCAUUGGCAAGGUGAUCGGCAAUGUAUUCUCUUUUAAUCACUCGAAGAUAGACAUAGAUGUACUCAUUGAUGCCGCUGCACUGAUAACAGACGUGCAACACAAAGUUUCUCUACAGAGACAGCGGGCAAUGAUCUCUGGAUUCAAUUUGUCAGGCAUGACUGACCUAAGUGAAAUCAUGAAGAAUCUGUUUGAUCAAAGGAUUUCAGAUAUCUUGAAAAGUACAGAGUUCAAUAGCAAGCAGGACAAUAAAGACUGUGAAGAGAAAAAUUUUCCCAACAAUAUCAAAGAAAUGAAUCUGAACAGCGUGACGAAAAACAAGCUUGAUGUAGAAAAAGGAAACAUCGACGAAGAAUCUGAUAAAGGGACAAAUCGAAGCAAACAAGAAUCCGAGGUUGAAACAAUUAAGGACGUGCAAAAUUCAACGGAAGGAACAACAAGCAUCAACGACGGACGUGGUUUGGUAUUGGGAAUUCCGACUGUAAAAAAAAAAGAUGCACACGACGAAAAAAUCAAUCGUCAAGAAAUUACAAAGGAAAGCAUAAGUGGUGAGAAAAAUCAAGAAACAGACGAGGCGAAUGACAAAGUACUGGAACCGAGUAACAAAAAACGCCAAACUGCAGAAGAAAUAAUGGAAACUUUAGAGAACUUUUCCAUCUGUAUAAUAGAGAAACUUGAUGGAGAGUACAAAAAAAGGAUUGAAUCGCUCUGUUCUGAUAACCAAAUUAACAAAUCAGAAAAUCAGGUUUCUGCAAGAAUUGGUCCUGUCAAACCGUUCCCAGGUAUCGAAGCUGCUCAUAGACAUAAGUUCAUGGCUGAAGGCUAUUGCGAAGAAGCUGCGACAAGGAUGACACGUGCACUCGCCCCUACAACGCUAAAACGAUAUGAAGGUCCUGUACGUCAUUGGUGGAACUAUUGUCAGAAAAACAAUGUUGACGUUCACCGUGGAACGGAUCAAAACAUUGUUCAAUUUUUCAUUGACAAUGAGUCAAACAUCGGUACACCCGGUACGUUGAAAUUUUGGAGGUCAGCAUUGGGUGCUAUAUUAAUCAAGAAUCCAGACAACCUGUCACAAACAAGUUCCGUUUCAAAAUACGUGAGAGGUUUUGAAAACGAAUGUGAUGGUGGGAAAGUCAAAAAAAAAUGUUUGAAGAAAAUGUAAAACAUACGUAUCGGAAUUUUUGAAACGAAGGCUCUUGAGGAGAAAAAAUAAUACAACAUUACUUUUAUUUAACGAACUAUAUAUUAUAUCAUCAUCAUAAUGAUAUAAACAUUAUGUAUAAUUGCACAACGUCGGUGCGUAUACUAUUGAAGACCGUAACGUUGCGAUCUCGUUGAUCUCGCGAUUGCACGCGAUCGUAAGAUAUUGCGUACGUAUAAAGUCAGCGCGAGUUUAUACGUUAUACAUACGACGAGAACUAAACUAAGAUGGAUUGGACGGGAAAAAUAAAGAAAUUUAUUUUAUCAU